GGGUGGUCCAACGUCACCCCCGGGUCCCCCGAUGUCACCCUGGGGUCCUGCCGGCGCUACGUGGCCUCGGCCCCCGCCAACGUCACCGGUGGUCCCCGGACCACCGAGCCCUGCCGGGACGGCUGGGACUACGACCGCAGCGUCUACGUGUCCACCAUCGUCACCGAGUGGGACCUGGUCUGUGGCUACCGGCAGCUGCGGCAGAUGGCCCAGUCCAUCUACAUGGCCGGCGUCCUGGUGGGCGCCCUGGUGCUGGGCGGCCUCUCGGACAGGUUUGGGCGCAAGGCCAUGCUGAUGUGGUCCUACCUGCAGCUGGGGGUGAUGGGGACGUGCACGGCCUUCGCCCCCAACUACGCCUCCUACUGCGUCUUCCGCUUCGCCGGCGGGAUGGCGCUGUCCGGCUUCGGCCUCAGCAUCGCCUGCCUGGUGGUGGAGUGGAUCCCCACGCCCUACCGCGCCGUCACCGUGGCCAUCACCGGCUUCGCCUACACCCUGGGCCAGAUCAUCCUGGCCGGGGUGGCCUACGCCGUCCCGCACUGGCGCUGGCUGCAGCUCUCCGUGUCCCUGCCCUUCUUCGUCUUCCUCCUCUACUCCUGGUGGUUGGCGGAGUCGGCGCGGUGGUUGGUGCUCUCGGGCAAGGCGGAGCGGGCGGUGAAGGUCCUGCGGCGCGUGGCCGCCUUCAACAGCCGCCAGGAGCAGGGCGAGAAGAUCACGGUCGAGAUGUUGACGUCCAACAUGAAGGAGGAGCUGGCGGCUCUGAAAGCCUCCUACACUGUCUCCGACCUGGUCCGGACCCCCGUGAUCCGCCACAUCUUCUUCUGCCUCUCCAUCGUCUGGUUCUCCAUCAGUUUCUCCUACUACGGCUUGGCCAUGGACCUGCAGAACUUCGGGGUCAGCAUUUACCUCAUCCAGGUGAUUUUCGGCGCCGUCGACUUCCCGGCCAAGGUGGUGGUGACCGUGUCCCUGAGCUACGUGGGCCGGCGGCUCUCGCUGGUGGUGACCUUGUUCUUGGCGGGGCUGGUCAUCGUGGCCAACAUCUUUGUGCCCACAGAGCUCCAGACGGCGCGCACGGCGCUGGCGGUCAUCGGCAAGGGCUGCCUGUCGGCCUCCUUCAACUGCGUCUUCCUCUACACCACCGAGCUCUACCCCACUCCCAUCAGGCAGACGGGGCUGGGCUUCGGCAGCACCAUGGCGCGCGUGGGCGGCAUCGUGGCGCCGCUGGUGAAGAUGAUGGACGAGUACUACCCCUUCCUGCCCCCCGCCGUCUACGGCGUGGCGCCGGUGGUGGCGGCCGUGGCGGCGGCGUUCCUGCCCGAGACGCUGAACGCGCCGCUGCCCGACACCAUCGAGGAGGUGGAGAACAGGACCACGCGGAAGCCGGCCGGUGACCCCAAGGAGAAGAUCGCGCUCCAGCCCCAGGACGGGCCCCCCCCUGAAGGAGGCCUGAGGGACGCUGGUGGUGGCCACAGUGCCCCGGCCACCAGCGGCCACCAGCGGCCACCGCUCCAGGGGACCCUUGAGGGGGGCUGGGGGCGACCUCGGUGGUGA